CGCUUCCCUUUCAUCUCCUUCAAUGCAACCUCCCGCCCUUCCCGCCCUUCACGCCCCUCGCCGCCAGUAUAAAUGCCCUGAUGACCACCACCACCUCACACUUCCCCGCCUCCUGCAGCAUAGGAAAGAUGGGUCUCGCUCGGCUCUGCGUCGCUCUCCUCCUAGUCGCCGUCUCCGUCAGCUGUGGCGGCCACGGCGGCGGUCACGGCGGCGGCAUCGGCGGCGGCAUCGGCGGUGGUUAUGGCGGUGGCGGCUUCGGCGGCGGCCACGGAGGCGGCUUUGGCGGGGGCCACGGUGGUGGUAUUGGCGGCGGGUACGGCGGUGGCUCAAUCAUCAUCGGCGGCGGCAAGGGCGGCUUCGGCGGCGGCCAUGGCGGCGGCAUUGGCGGCGGCCAUGGCGGUGGCAUUGGCGGCGGAUAUGGCAGCGGCGGCUUCGGAGGUGGAUUCGGCGGUGGCAAAGGUGGAUUUGGCGGCGGCCAUGGCGGCGGCAUUGGAGGCGGAUAUGGCGGCGGCAGCUUCGGCGGCGGCCAUGGCGGCGGUAUUGGUGGUGGUUAUGGCGGUGGAUUCGGCGGCGGCUUCGGUGGAGGCAAGGGUGGCUUCGGCGGUGGAUUCGGCGGCGGCAAGGGAGGUUUCGGCGGCGGCCAUGGCGGCGGCAUCGGCGGUGGUCACGGCGGCAUCAGCUACGGCAAAUAAGGAGAUAAACGGUUCAUUUCCUUAUCUCUUCCCCUUCAUUCCCCAACCCCUCUCUACGAUCCUCCCAACAACUCUCACGACCCUUACGAACUUCUCUCAUUGAGACGUUAACCCGUCCGAGCUUUCAGUAUUUUUAAAAAACGAAGUAUUAUAAGGUUUGAGAAUUUAUAUUUUCGUAUUAAAACGAAGUAUUAUAAGGUUUGAGAAUUUAUAUUUUCGUAUUAACUUAAAAAAAAAAAACACGAAAAAUAAUAUCACAAAAUUGUAUUGUAUUUGAUAUUUUGUGUGUCAUGCUUUGUAAAUUAUUCUUGCGAGUCCUGUCUCGACUGGCAUGACUCGAAUAAACGAAGAGAAAUGAACAUG